AUGGCUGAAAACCGGCGGAGACGUUGGGUUAUAGAGAUCUGUCCUAGAUACCUUCCACAACAUCUAAAAGAUAAGUUAGAAGAAUAUAUGGCAAGAUUCCCUAAGGUGAGGAUUGUACGAACGAAGAAGAGAGAGGGACUGAUUCGAACUCGACUGCUGGGCGCGACUGUAGCAAAAGGAGAAGUCUUAACCUUCCUGGAUUCGCAUUGUGAGGCUAAUGUGAACUGGCUGCCACCUCUGCUUGACCAGAUUGCUCAAAACCACCGAACAAUUGUGUGCCCCAUGAUUGAUGUUAUCGACCACAACCACUUUGGGUAUGAGGCGCAGGCUGGAGAUGCCAUGCGAGGAGCGUUUGACUGGGAAAUGUACUACAAGCGGAUUCCCAUUCCAGCUGAGCUCCAGAGUACUGACCCCAGUGAUCCAUUUGAGUCACCUGUCAUGGCAGGGGGUCUAUUUGCAGUAAAUCGUCUGUGGUUCUGGAAGCUGGGAGGCUACGAUCAUGGACUUGAGAUCUGGGGAGGAGAGCAGUAUGAAAUAUCAUUUAAAGUUUGGAUGUGUGGCGGCAGUAUGUAUGAUGUUCCUUGUUCCAGAGUUGGGCACAUCUACAGAAAGUAUGUCCCCUACAAAGUGCCAUCAGGAACCAGUUUAGCAAGAAACCUGAAGCGAGUUGCUGAGACAUGGAUGGAUGAGUACACUGAAUACAUCUACCAGCGGCGGCCUGAGUACAGACAUCUCUCAACUGGUGACCUGUCAGCACAGAAAGAACUGCGCAAACAGCUCAAGUGUAAGGAUUUCAAGUGGUUCAUGGCAGCAGUGGCCUGGGACCUACCCAAGUACUACCCUCCCGUGGAACCAUUACCAGCUGCCUGGGGAAAGGGGAGAAGGAAGGAAGAUGUGAACAUCAUCACAGACGGAGACUAUUGCCUGGUGAUGUAA